CAAACACAUUAUUGUUGAAAGCUGCUGGUUUUAUAACACUGUGUCCUGCGGAUGAGAGGAACACGGAACAUCUGCUCUCGCAUCGGAUUUGUUUCUUCCUCUGCUGGAUGAUCCGGGUGUUGCCAUGACCACAGACGAGGUGGAGAGUCACCAGAACAAGCCAAAGCAGCAGGAGGAAGCCGGCCAGGACGCCUCCCCCGAAGAUGAGCAGCUCCAGCCUCGCAACCGAAACUCGGCCGGCCGCGGCCUCACACGCCUCUUUUCCUCCUUCCUGAAAAGACGUUCACAGUGUGACAGUGAGGGAGGAGACCGGGUCAAGGACGAUGAGGAAGAAGCCAAAGCCCCCAUCGCUGACCCAGAGCCUGAACUGAGAAUAGAGGGAGAGGUGGCCCUGGACCAGCACUCAGUCAGCAGUGCAGACGCUCAGGCUCUGCAGGCGGAGAAGAAACAAGCAGAAGAGAAAGCUGGGAAGGACAACAACAGUGAGAAGGAAGAGGAGGCUGCUCUGGAAAAGGAUGAGGAAAAAGAGGAGUCUGGUCCUGAAGGAGAAGAUAAAGAGGAGAAGGAGAAGACUGCAGAGGAGGCCAAAGAGUCCAGAGCUCAACGGCGGCUGAAGAACAUGCAGAUCAAAGUCACUCUGCUGGACGGCACCCUCUACGAGUGUCAGCUGGACAAACAUGCCAAAGGCCAGGAGCUGUUCAUGGGAGUAUGUGAUCACCUCAACCUACUGGAGAAGGAUUACUAUGGUCUGGCCAUCUGGGAGACUCCCACCAUGAAGACUUGGAUGGACCUGACCAAAGAGAUCCGUAGGCAGGUUCAAGGUACCGACUAUAAUUUCACUUUCAAUGUGAAAUUCUACCCACCAGACCCGGCCCAGCUGUCAGAAGACAUAACAAGGUACUACCUGUGUCUCCAGCUGCGGAAGGACAUCCUGCAGGGCCGUCUUCCCUGCUCCUUCGUCACCCUCGCCCUGUUGGGCUCCUACGCCCUGCAGUCGGAGCUGGGCGAGUACGACCCCGAGGUGCACGGCAAGGAGUACGCCAAGCAGAUGAAGAUGGCCCAAGGUCAGACGAAGGAGCUGGAGGAUAAAAUGAUGGAGCUUCACCAGACGUACAGGUCGAUGAGUCCGGCCCAGUCAGACAUGAUGUUCCUGGAGAACGCCAAAAAACUCUCCAUGUAUGGAGUGGACCUCCACCAGGCAAAGGAUCUGGAUGGGGUUGACAUCAUGUUGGGCGUGUGUUCCAGCGGUCUGAUGGUUUACAAGGACAAACUGAGGAUCAACCGUUUCCCCUGGCCCAAAGUCCUCAAGGUUUCCUACAAGCGCAGCAGCUUCUUCAUCAAAAUACGGCCGUCUGAGGUGGAACAGUACGAGAGUGCCAUUGGCUUCAAACUCCCAAACUAUAAAGCAGCCAAAAAGCUUUGGAAGGUUUGUGUGGAGCAUCACACCUUCUUCAGGCUGACCUCCACCGAGAUGGCCACCACUCCCAGGAAGUUCCUGGCUCUGGGUUCCAAGUUCCGUUACAGCGGUCGGACUCAGGCUCAGACCCGGCAGGCCAGCUCGCUAAUCGACAGACCGGCGCCGAUGUUCCAGCGCUCCUCCAGUAAGAGGAACUCCCGCAGUCUGGAUGGAGCAAUGGCCUUGACUCCUGACAACAAAUCCAGUCGCCCGGUCAGCGCACCCGUUAUGUCCCCGGUCUCUCCGGGGGAGGCGACCCCAUCACCACUGCUGCCCAUGCUGCAACGCCACGACCGCCAUUACAGCUCCACACCCAAAAGCCAACGCUCCUCACACAAGAAGAUGGAGCACAAACCGGAAUGUAAGCCAGAACACACCAAGAGCCACCACAGCCCCAAACCACAAUCUACUCCAGAAAUCAAGCACACGACCAAGAAAGAGAGGAGGCAUUCACCAUCUGUAACCAAUGAGAGAAAGAGCCAGCACUCUCUACAGGACAAAAAGAUGGAGAUGGUUCGAGUGAGGAAGAAGAGAGCUAAGAGACUCGAGGGUGAAACUAUUUAUAUCAGACAUAGCAAUUUAAUGUUGGAGGACCUGGACAAGACCCAGACUGGGAUCAUGCGUCACCACACCAGCAUCAGUGAGCUUAAGAGGAGUUUUAUGGAGUCGGUACCAGAACCUCGGCCCAGCGAGUGGGACAAGCGUCUCUCCACCAACUCGCCGCUCCGCACAGUGACUGUCAACGGCCAACUACAACCAGCAUCUCCGGUUCUAAAGACCCAGAUGGUCACCAUCUCUGACGUGACCAACUCCCUGAGAGGAACCGUGGCCUACAAGGACAUCCCGCUUGUCCAUACUGAGACCAAGACCAUCACAUAUGAGUCUGCACAGCCUGUGGACAGUCUGGGAGAAAAGGAAUCAGGAGUGCUGUUGACAGCCCAGACCAUCACCUCUGAGACCAUCAGCACCACCACCACCACCCAGAUCACAAAGACGGUGAAAGGAGGGAUCUCUGAGACCCGCAUUGAAAAGAGAAUCGUUAUCACUGGAGACACUGAAAUUGAUCAUGACAAGGCUUUGGCUCAGGCCAUCAAAGAGGCCAAAGAGCAGCACCCAGACAUGUCUGUUACCAAAGUGGUCGUUCACCAGGAAACAGAGAUCAGCCCCGAUUAAGAAGUCUACACCUUUCUCCCACUGCAUUUUCCCUCCUCUUCCUCCUUCAGUGUGUCUAUACCACCCCUGCUGCCCAGCAUUCCAGGUGAAACACCAGGACUCAUCAGGGGGAUGAUCUUCCAUGACCAAUCAACUACUUCUUCGUGUAGAUUCUCACACUUGAGGGACAAAGUCACCAGAAAAUUCCCAGGAAGCCUCAGAGUAUUCCCAACAAUCCCCCUCCAACUAUUCCCAACAGCUCCGCUCUCGUUCCAUUUCCUGCCAACGCACCGACAGCUGUAGUUUUCAAUUAAAAAAAACACUGCUCAAAAAAAUAUACGUAUACACAUAUAUAUAAAUAUAUAUUACGGAAGAGUAUGAGGGCCAUG